AGGAGGAGGAGAAGGGUGAGAAAGGUGGCAUGGGAGCGGGAUGUGCAGGAGCGUGAGAAACUACUAGUGGAGGUGUUCGGGUCAUGGGAGAGUAGAGUAAUAGGAGGAGGUGGUGGGUGCCGUAGAUGGGUGAAGGAAGCAGUGAGGACACAAUAUACAAUUGUUUCGGAGGAGCAGAAGGAUAUAUAGAAUGGAUUUUGGGAACAGAGGAGAGGAAAAUGAGGAGGAGUGGAAGAGGCAUUUUGGGGAGGUGAUGAAAGCAGUAGUAGGGAGAUGAUAGCAGAUGAUAGCAAUGAGGGGGAAAUGUACAAGUUCUGAGGUGGAGCAGAGGGGUAAAGAAAUGAGAUUU